GCCCUUUCGGGUUUAGCGCUUUGAUGUAAGUAGACGCCCAAUUGGAAGGUGCUCCCCGACUCUCAUAUAUUAGCAGAUGACCCCCCCGCAUAGUUUGAUGUUAUUCCUCUCAAAAUCCGGCCCAAUAUACCAAACGGCCUCAUUGUUAUCAGAACAUUGAAUCACUCAGUCAAAAUGGCUGUUGCAUCCAGAGCUGCUGAAUGUGCCCAACUAUUUGACAGAUUUGCGAGCGCACUGGAUGGGACCGAGCCGGACAUAGAAAACGAAAUAUUCCGGUUCAACUCGUGGGCGGCAAAUAAUUUCAUACUGGCCCCUGGCCGAGCUUCGAUGGACUGGAGAUUGCGCAACGCCCCAUUGCUGCAAUCGACGAUGGUCGAUUUGCUAGAUGAUUUAAAAGUUGACCUUAUCAAGCAGUCUACACUUCCAUUAAAUUCCACCAUGCCUACUGGGCUGCUAUAUGAAGCUUCCCUCCAAGCUAUCAGUGAGACGCUGGAUGGCCUUUUCCGCUUGUCUCGCGCCAUCCGUCGCUCGGGGAUUCAUCGCAGAUACGUCAAAGUUGGGAACUAUGCUGAGUUUGAUGAGAAUGGAGUAAAUCUGACAGAAGCAUUCAAGGACGGUGCAAAAAGGCUCAUAGAGUUCCGCAUGAAGGGUUCCAAAGCGAUUGAUGGCCUGCGGGAACGCAUUUUCAGUACCGUUUGUUUGCGCCAGCAAUACUUUUCCUACCUGAAAGCCAAGAAGGCUACAAACGCUCUAAUUGCGGGGACUGACCAGAGCCAUCAAUUCACUCCAAGGCCAGCGCUCAGGGCCAGCGCCAGCAUUACAGGUUCCCUCACGUCGAAGGCACAAGGAGCUGUGACACAAAACCCAUCACGUAUGCGAAGGGUAGGCCCGUCUACUAUGACAGCGACAACAGCUCAACCCGAUCGAAUUUCAAAAGCUUACUCUGAAAAGUCGGCCAAUGAAAGGACAUCCUAUGAUGUGGAUUGUAGCGGUGCGGAUAUCCCUCCACCACCAAAGGUGUCUGGCAACCACAAGGAGUCGGAGUGUCCAUACUGCUUCUUGGCUUGUUCUACAGAAGAGCUGAGCGGAAGAAGUUGGAAGCGCCACUUUAUUCAAGACCUCAUGCCGUAUGUUUGUGUCCUGGAGUCUUGUCCCACCCCAAACUCCCUUUUUGAGUCGGGCAAGGAUUGGCUGAGUCACAUGAAGAAUCAGCACCCUGCCAGUGGUUGGACCUGUGUCGAUAGCACACACAAUACGACAUUCUUCUUCCAGUUAGAAUCUGGCUUCAGGGAACAUUUGCAUCAACAUCAUGAAGGCCAAUUCGAUGACGAUGACAUCGACGACAUCGCGGCCGCAUGCUAUCAAAAAUCACCCGACGAUAUCAUCAUACGAGAAUGUCCUUUCUGUCCUACAGUGCAGAAACUAGAGCUAAAGCCGAAGGAUAUGAUAGAUCAUGUCGCGAACCACCUGAUUUCGCUGGCACAAAUCUCUCUUGCAGGACAUGUAGAUGGCGGGCGGUCGCAAUCAGCAUGGUCCGGAUCAAGAAGGGAUUCAAAUUCGCUUCCAACCAGUAUAGGAUCUCUUCCGGAACGAUUGCACUCGGAAUUUACAGAUGACGAUGAAAAUGAAUAUCUCACCUCCAUAUCGGGUGAGGUGAUUCCAGAUGCAGCUGAGGAGCUGAUUUAUGCGGUGUGGCAGAAUGUUCAAAAGCCACAGUACGAUCCCUCACUGGAUUUGACAAUUCGCCACUUCAUCGCUCAAUCUGAACUGAAAGCGAAGGGGAUCACAGAAUUUGCAGUUGGGGGUAGUGAUGAUCUGGAUACGUCGCAGAGCUUCAAAAAGGGACAGGCUACAGCACCCGAGCUGAACAGAAGCAGCGAAGACAGCCUAGAGAUUGUUGAGAUGUUUGGCGAGGAGGGAAACUUCAGAUUGGAUGAUCAGAAUACAGAUGAUUUACCACCGUUCCUGUGCCAAUCAGACUCGGAGAUUCAGAACAAGUUUGAGGAAAUCGCAUGGCAAGAAAGGACGCGUCUGCAUGAAGGCAUACUUGCCAACGAUCCUGCGCAUCCCUAUGCCCUUGAAAAUGGUCCCGAAGUCAGGGCCCGCAAUCGUUAUGUCAAUGUCCAGGCAUGGGCGAACUGCCGGAUUCAUCUGCGGGUGCCCGAGGGCGAAUGUGAUUUUAUCAACGCCUCACCGAUCAUACUCAAGGACUCAGUUACGCAAGAGGAGAGAACGUAUAUUGCGACGCAGCAUUUGUCUGCCUCUUACACCAAUGCUGACAAUAACCGUCGUCUCAAUCGGCAGGGCCCUGUAUUCGGGUAUCUCUCGCACUUUUGGCAAAUGGUUUUCCAUGAAAGCAAAGAUGUCGCCGUCAUUGUCAUGUUGACGCAGACCUUUGAGGAUGGUCGGGAAAAAUGUGCACAGUACUUUCCUCCGCACCUGGAGCAGGCUUCGAUGAUCCUGGUUGAGGAGCCUAUCAAAGAGCCAUUCUCAGAGGGGACGGCUGAAACAAAACAGUCUCAAGAGGCCAACCCCGCUGAUCCCGCUGCUGUCGACCAGGCCAAUAACGAAGAGACUGCCCCCGAAAAAGUAUUUGAAACCACUACUGACAUGGCUGGGAGUUCCGCGGCCGAGAAAACCGAGACAGCUGAGGUUAUAGAAACUUCUGGACCCACCAUUGUUGGCCACCCUGUUGCUGAGGUGAUUGCCAACGAGGAAUCGCCUAAGGAGUCGAAUAGGUCUUUUGCUGCUCAGGAGAUAGAUACACCCGUGAUCGACCCAAACAAUCAGGAGGAACGCCUCAAAACAAUUGGCAAGGUUACCUUAUUAGAGUUAACGUAUGAUGUCAAGUCUCGCUCGGAGAUUCGCAAGCUCGAGCUGACAAUCGGCUCGGAGACGAAAACCGUGUGGCAUUAUCUCUUUGUAGGCUGGGCAGAUUAUUCAAAGCCCGAAGGCGACGAUCGCGAGGCUCUCCUUGAACUGAUCAGAUCAUCAACUUCCAAAUCGGGGCCUCAUAAUCCACGUGUGGUCCACUGCAGUGCAGGAGUCGGCCGCACAGGGACUUUCAUCGCCCUUGAUCAUCUCCUCCAAGAGCUUGAAUCGGGCCAGCUGCUGCAGCUAGCCGAUCCCGAAGCCGACCCUGUCUUUGACACGGUUAACCAGAUGCGCGAGCAACGCAUGAUGAUGGUUUAUAACGAGAUGCAAUUUCAGUUCAUCUAUGAUGUGCUCCGAGAGCAAACGGAUACUAAAUUGGGUAAGGUCGGAAGCGUUCUACCGGGUAGGGAAAAGGAGCGAGCGGGCCCCCGCAGGCGCCAGACGUCGGAAACGAGGCUUACGCCGAAGCUUAAAACGAACCCAAGAACAUUGGGAAAGAACGUGAGGAUAGAGGAAAAGAGAGUCCCAUAG